AUGAGUGCCUUUUCUCCACGAAGAAGUGCUCGUCUCGCUCAAGAUCCGGCUCGCGCCCUCGCCUCACAAUCGACACCUUCCUUCGCCUUCUCACAGCCAUCGAGCACCUCUACUACAUCACACCCGAGCCCUGGCACCGACGGCCUCAACCCACCACCAUCGACGCCGCAGAAUAAUCUCCGCCUACAGGCACAGCAUCUGCAACAGAAUACCAUGAUGUCGCAGCAGCAGCAUCUCGGCGCUCCUCUACCCUCUCCCUCCACGAACGAUGUUCCCUUCUUCUCGAGGACGCACUCUCAGCCGAACCCAUUCCAACAACAAAAUCAGAACACAUCUGCCUUCCAGCAGCAGUCAUUCAUGCAGAAUCAAGAGCAGGCACAGCCACAACAUCUACAUCCUCACAGCAACUCGAUGUCGCAAUCACGCAACGUCAACGCUAUGGCUCCACAGAUGCCGCCCGAUUUCUUAGCCGAAGCGGCAAAGCGAGCCCAAAUCGCCUGUCUUAUGCGCGAUAUGGGUGAUGUCACUCUAUGA